CGACCAUUUCGAACCGACCCACUUCAGCUUUUCGGUUUAUAAAUAUCCAGUUGACCACAUUUUCUCCUCCAUUAGAUAGCAACACAGAUUUUUUAGAGAGAGAAAGAGAAAAUCAACUCCAUAAACACAACUCACAAUCCUUCUCUCUCUCUAACCUCAAUCCACAUCUCCUUACAAAAAAAUCCAUAAUCGAAUCUCCCCAAUUUUCGUGCUCAACUAGAAUCGGGUCGGGUCGGGUCACGCACUUUGGCUCAAUUCACAGCUUCUUACAAAGUUCCCAAAUAGAAUCUUCCCAAUUUUCGUACUCAACUCGGGUCGGGUCGCAAUCAGCUCCAUAAACAGCACAUAAUCCCUUCUCUCUGUACCCCAAUCCACAGCUACUUUACAAAAGAUCCCAAAAUCGAAUUUCGUAGCUCAACUACAGUCGGGUCGGGUCGGGUGAAAUGGGCGAUUCAUACUGUUUGGACUGCAAGCGUAACACGGAGGUAGUAGUUGACCAUGCGGCGGGCGAUACGGUAUGUUCGGAGUGUGGACUGGUAUUGGAAGCUCGGUCAAUUGAUGAGACAUCUGAAUGGCGUACAUUUGCUGAUGAAUCGGGUGAUCAUGACCCUAACCGUGUUGGUGGACCCGUUAACCCCUUACUUGGUGAUGUGGGUCUUAGUACUGUUAUUUCUAAAGGGCCUAAUGGGAGUAAUGGAGAUGGUUCUUUAGCUAGGUUGCAGAAUAGAGGUGGUGAUCCUGAACGUGCACUUGUUAUGGCUUUUAAAGCUAUUGCUAAUAUGGCUGAUAGGUUGAGCCUUGUUUCUACCAUAAAGGACCGAGCAAGUGAGAUAUACAAAAGGUUGGAAGACCAGAAGUGUACGAGAGGAAGGAAUCUGGAGGCCUUGGUGGCUGCUUGUAUUUACAUUGCGUGUCGGCAAGAAGGCAAAGCACGUACUGUAAAAGAAAUAUGCUCAAUCGCCAAUGGACCUACAAAGAAGGAUAUUGGCCGAGCAAAAGAAUUCAUUGUGAAACAACUGAAGGUUGAAAUGGGAGAAUCAAUGGAGAUGGGGACUAUACAUGCUGGAGACUAUCUGAGACGUUUCUGUUCUAACAUUGGUAUGAACCAUGAAGAGAUUAAGGCUGUCCAAGAAACGGUCAAGAAGUCAGAAGAGUUUGAUAUAAGGAGGAGUCCUAUAUCAAUUGCUGCAGCAAUAAUAUACAUGCUAACACAGCUUACGGAUGCAAAGAAACCACUGCGAGAUAUCUCAAUUGCAACCACAGUUGCAGAAGGGACUAUCAAGAAUGCAUACAAGGAUCUCUAUCCCCAUGCUUCCAAAAUAAUACCUGAAUGGUAUCUCAAGGAUAAGGACAUUAAGAGCCUGUGCAGUCCCAAGGCUUAGAAGUUGUAUUUAGUUUCACUACAGUAUCCGUUGCUCUAGCUAAUUGUCCGCCCUUUCCAAGUGUGAUUUCUAUGUUAUGUAUGACCACGUGUAAGGGCAUUUAAGUUGAAGGACCUUAAGAGCCUGUGCAGUCCCAAGGUGUAGAAGUUCAGUUUAGUUUAGCGCAGUAUACGAAUCUGCUGGCCUAAAUCUUCAGGAAGUGCCCAGAAUAGAGAAAACAUCAGAUAUUGAAGUUAUAAGGUCACUGUAGUAAUAUGUACCCUGAGUAAUCAGAUUUUUUUCAUUUACACUUUUGUUCCCUCCCCACGAUACAGAUAGGCUAAUUAAUUUCAUAAUUUAUUUGAUAUAUUAUGCGGCGUUUGUUUCUCCAA